CACCGUCCCGCCUAUGCAACGCGGCGUCUAGAUGGAGCGCAGUCCUUCUCACUCACGCUCGUCCUCCGUCAAUUCUCACUCUCCGUCCAUCCAGUCUGCCGCCAAUUCCACUCGUUAUAUGCUAGCCGGCAUGAACAGCAACAGCAGCGGCCUCGACCCCCCCACCCUUCCCUAUGGCUCCCGCGCCAGCUCCUUCCGCUCCAUGUCGCCCAAGAACGACACCCCCCUCAUGGACGGCAAGGCCACAUCCCUAUCCGUCAACUACCUCCCGUCCAAGUUCUCUUCCAACAUCCUCUCCGGAGGCAUGAAACGGAGGAAGGGCAAGGGUGGCGACAUCCCCAUCCCGAAACGUGGCGGCGGUCGCGAAGCGUUCAGAGCCAACGAAGCCCGUAUGCCCGGCGACGGCGACGACGACUACGAUGGCGUGUCCUUCGGGCAGGGUGGCCGCAAGGGCCGGUUGCGGUGGAACCGCUUCAAAUGGAUCCUGUUCUUCUCGAACCUAGUGUUCUCCGUUUACUCGCUGACAGGUCUAAUUGCAACCCUGCUCAUCCACUUCAAUGUCUGGACGCAUGCCGACAUUAUCCGAGUCGGAAACAAGACUGAGCUCAUCAUCACGACCGUCGCUGCGUCGCUGGCUGUGCUCACCUCCCUCAUCGGCUGGUCUGGCAUCCUGCUCAAUAACCGCGCGUUCCUCGCCACCUACUCCUUCCUGCUCUGGAUCUGCUUCGCGAUGCUUGUCACCCCCGGUUACAUAACCUACAAGAAGCGCACGUUCAAUCUUGAGGGCAAGGUCAACGCGCAAUGGUCGCGCCAACUCGGGCUCGACGGCCGCCUCCGCGUACAGAACCAGCUUCACUGCUGCGGAUACUUCAAUCCCUUCGUUGAGGCCACCGUCUCGCAGACGUGCUAUGCGCGCAGCUUAUUGCCCGGGUGCAAGGGCCCGUACAUCCAGUUCGAACGGGUCAUCCUCGAGCGUUGGUACACGGUCGUGUUCUCGGUCGUCCCCGUGCAGCUGUUUAUCAUGGUCGCGGCUCUGCUCUGCUCGAACCACGUUACGUACCGCUUCGGUAAGGGCAUGAUGCCAAAGGCGUACCGCCUCAACAUGAACAGCAUGGCCGUUAUCAUGGACAAUUACGCUAACCAACUGGCGGAGCAGUAUGGAAACGACGUUGCGUCGGAGGUUAUGGCCCGCUCACGGUCCAACCUCCAGCUGGACUCUAUGCCGACCGUGCCCUAUAACCAGAGUAACUCUCCGUCAAUGGCCGGCAAGUACGAGCAACUUAGGAAGUGA